AUUUGUCGAUCAUGGAUGGUGAACAUGGAGCUAGCUAGCUACAUGUACAUGUAUAAUUACGUACGUCUGUUGAGUGUGGGUUCGUUCAGCGCAGGUUGUACAUGUAUGCUACAUUCUGAUGGGUGACAGUUGGUGAUGGUCAAGUGGACGAUUCUUUGUCUUACACAAAUGCAGAAACAUGGUUGAAUGUACAGUAGAUGAAUUGGCAACAUGAAGUAUUGUGCCGUUCCAACAUGUAGCAACACCUCUUACCAUUACUACAAAUGGAGGUCAGGUAGAUGCAGUAUCCAUGACUGCAAUUAUGGCACAGGACCUUGCCAAUGCGAUCCACCGCUCAGGUUUUUCCCAUUUCCGACCAAGAGGGACAAACCGGGCCGGGAGCGGUGGACCAAGUUGAUCAAUCGCAAGAACCCCAGCGGGGAGACCUGGCAACCAGACCCUGCUGGAAGGAGCAGCGUUUGCUCCGAACACUUCCCUGAUGGUCAGCCUACAAAACAGAACCCUGAUCCCAUCCUGAAACUGGGCUACGACCCCCCUGCAGACUUGAUACGGCCUCGAUCACCUCCACGGAAAAAGCAGAAAGCGGUGAGUGAAUCUGAACCAGGCAAAAGCUGGUCCGUACCACUCCCCACAACUGAGCCCCAGGUGUUGACAACCUGUCUGCAUUCAUCAAGUCAGCAGCACCAGGUCCCAGGCACAGGCAAAACGAUGACAGCUAUCAUCCCUCAGACCAAACCUCGGCCCCGUCCUCCCAAGAGAAUGUGCAUUGCGUGCCAGAGCAUCUCCGAAAAUGGCCGUCAUAUUUUGAGUAACAAAGGAAGGCUGGACUUGCAGGAAUGUUUGAGGCAGUAUCUCAACCUGGAAGUGGAGCAGGGCUGGAUGUGUUCAAACUGUGUCCGACAAGUCAAGACCAUCGUCAAAAAAGUCAACACUUUCAGAAGUUCUGUACUGGCUGGAGAGUGCAACCGAGUCUUCAAAGUCUCACCAGUAGCGAAGCGGACUGGAGUAGCCCAGAUCAGAUCACAGCCUGACACAAACAGCGAGCAUCCAUCUGGAGAGGCAAUCUGUAAGUGUUCCAGAUUGCUGAAGUCGAUGCUUUCAAAACAAAAUGUCGGCGAACCACUGGAAAAGACCCGAAUCAAGGUCAUCUUUCCCAGACAGACUAAAGCUGACACCCCAGAGUCAGAGACUGAGUCUAGUGAAGAUUUUCAAGAUUCGUCCAGUUCCGAGGAAGAUUUCUGUGAGAAUCCCAGAACCAGAACAAGCAGUGCCCAAUCUGACAAAAACGAAGAGGUACAUGUAUUUCCAGAAACGUCAGGGCCAAAUUCUACACCAGCAUCUUUGUUGCUUGAAACCUGUAAUCAGUCACCUACUGAAAGUGAAAAGCAUCUUCCAAACCAAAAUAAUCAAGAUAGUGAACCACCAGCAAUCUCAAGUGACACUGUGCAUUCCACUAACUCACAGCUGCAAACAAUCCUUCCUAGACAAGAUUCAAGCUCAUCUGAUUCAUCGCCCAUGCCUGUGAGUUCAGCAGGGUCGCUCCAAGAUGCGUCAAUAAUGUUUUGCAUCCAACCCACCACCAGUAGUUCCGGAUCGUCAAUAACUAGCCCUUCCAUACAAAUAGCUGCCUCAGCCUCAGAUGAGUUCAUCUACACAAAAACCCUGAAUGAGCUGGCAAAGUUCAUAGCAAGGAAACCACAUCAGGAGCAUGAUUACGCACAGUGAUGGGGGCAGUGUGACAAAUUUGCUGGAAAUGAAGCUUGGGGACAGUCCAUUUCCGAUGCCUGGAAAACGUAACAGAUAAUCUCCACCCUGAAUUCGUUCAUGUGAUUGGAACACUUUACAGCGCUAGAUGUUUGUGAAUUCAAAAGGUGUCAUUGCAAACUACUGGGGUUUGGCAACCGUAGUCUUUCUGCUGAGCACAGCAAGGGAAUAAUGUUAGAGACCUAGUCGGCAAGGUCCUACUGCCUUUUCACAGAAUCUACUUACAGGAAUAACUUCUGAUAAUUUCUUAUGUACAUGUAAGUUAACUAAGGAAUGUUCAAUAUGUACAUGUAUGUGUACAUUAGCUUGAAUGGUGUGGUGAUAACCAGUACUUGGUGCAAAGCCCAAGCAAUGACAAGGCUUACUGGUCACAUACAGAUUACGUGUUCUGUCUUUGGUUUUCUGUUCCUAUGUACAUGUACAUGUAUCUAGAUUGAUCUACUGUACAUGUACAUGA